UCAGACUCAUGUCUCCGCACAUUCCUCGGCGACUCUGAAUGCAUUCGGAUCCGCGACUGCCCUUGUUUUCGCUUCGCUGCCAUGCGGGUGCUGGGCUCUCGGUAGCAGCAGCAGCAGCCCCACAUACCUGAACUGGACAGGUAGCUCCUGCAGGAAGAAACGCAACGAAACACAGGGUGGACAAAACUCCAAACCGGACGGGGCAAAAAGUACACGCUUGCAUCCCAACACUGUUCCGUCCGCUUGUACAUCGAGGAAGGAAGCGUAAGGCCACCCGAGGGAUCAGUAAAGAAAAAAAAAAGAAAGAAGGAAAAAAAAAGUUUGUCGGAGAAGCUCCUCGUUUGUCUUGUCAGUCGCCUCCAUGAGGACUCCGGAUUAGACGCCGUAUCUGUUGCUGCGGUCGCCUUAACUUUUCACGGCGUAGCUCUGUCGAGUGCAAGGAAUGGUUUUAACGACUUUGCCAGCUUUAAAGGGCUCAUUUUUUCCAAGUCUACCUCUUAAUAAGCGACACCAGCGGAGUCCGGGAGAGGUGUUCACAGUUCAGCCAAUGGAAUAGAAGAACCGAGUUUGCACUGAUGUCGCGUGUUCGUGCGGCUUUUUAACUUUUAUACCGAGCAGAUUCCACGCCUGCCUUCUUUUGGAAUACUUUUAUUUUAAUAUUUGCUACUAGGCUUUAAUUUUGUUUUUAUCUGGCAAGAAAACGAAAAUGUCCCUCCGCGACAACAAUUAACCCAUCGGGAGCGGCGGCUCUGAGCGCAAGAGAACAGCUGCGAAAAUCUUGCGGGGUGAAAGUUUGCACAGGACCGUCAGUCUCAGGAUUGAAAUCCAGUGUAUAUUUUUCGUGCUUUGGUGGGAAUUUAACCCUUUUUUCGCCUCUUUUGGCGUUUCCUGGUGUUUCUACGGUGCUACAAUGCCACAAUUAAAUGGAGGUGGGGGCGAUGACUUGGGAGCCAACGACGAAAUGAUUUCCUUCAAGGAUGAAGGAGAACAGGAGGACAAGAUAUCUGAAAAUGUUUCGGCCGAACGAGACCUGGACGACGUGAAGUCGUCUUUGGUGAACGAAUCGGAGAAUAACAGCAGUUCGUCCGAUUCAGAGGUAGAGCGGAGACCCCGAGCGAGGCAAGACCCCGAAAGUUAUGAAAAACCUAGGGACUACUUUAGCGAAGCUUUACGAAGACAGCAAGAUGGAGGUUUUUUUAAGAACCCCCCUUAUCCUGGAUAUCCCUUCCUAAUGAUCCCGGAUCUCUCAAACCCGUACCUUUCUAAUGGGUCUCUGUCCCCAGGCGCCAGAACGUAUCUGCAGAUGAAGUGGCCGCUGCUAGAUGUUCCAGGCUCAGCUGGACUUAAAGACUCCCGGGCCUCUACUCCAGGUCAUCUAUCAAACAAAGUCCCAGUGGUGCAGCAUCCCCAUCACGUCCACCCGCUCACCCCUCUAAUCACUUACAGCAAUGAGCAUUUCUCUCCAGGGACUCCUCCCUCUCAUCUUUCUCCAGAGAUUGAUCCCAAGACAGGCAUACCAAGAACUCCUCAUCCUUCAGAGCUCUCACCAUACUAUCCACUGUCACCUGGUGCUGUGGGGCAAAUUCCACACCCUCUGGGUUGGUUAGUUCCACAGCAGGGCCAGCCAAUGUACUCCCUACCUCCAGGUGGAUUCAGACACCCCUAUCCUGCACUUGCAAUGAACCCCUCCAUGUCCAGUUUGGUGUCCAGUCGAUUUUCACCACAUAUGGUACCUCACCAUGCACAUAGUAUUCACCAGACGGGUAUACCCCAUCCCGCAAUAGUGUCUCCAGCAAUUAAACAGGAGCCUGUCCAAGACAAUAUCAGUCCUACUGUCCAUUCGAAAUCUCCUGUGCCAGUAAAGAAGGAAGAAGAAAAGAAACCACAUAUAAAAAAGCCCCUCAAUGCCUUCAUGCUCUAUAUGAAAGAGAUGCGGGCAAAAGUGGUGGCUGAGUGCACACUGAAAGAGAGUGCGGCCAUCAACCAAAUACUAGGAAGACGGUGGCACUCCUUGUCACGAGAAGAACAAGCCAAGUAUUAUGAACUUGCCCGUAAAGAACGACAACUGCACUCUCAACUCUAUCCUGGCUGGUCCGCUCGUGAUAAUUACGGCAAGAGGAAAAAGAGAAAGAGAGAAUCAAAACAAUCCAGCUCUGAACCAGAAGAUAAUUUCUCCUCACGGAACAAGAAGCAGUGUGUUCAGUAUCUGCCUCCAGAAAAGAUGUGCGACAGUCCUGCCUCUUCUCAUGGGAGCAUGCUAGACUCACCAGCCACUCCAUCUGCCGCAUUGGCAUCACCAGCUGCUCCGGCACCUACUCACUCCGAGCAAGCACAACCGCUGUCGCUAACCACCAAACCUGAGGGAAGACCACAACAUCACUUUCCGUUACCUGGCAAGCUGUCAGCGGCUUCCUCCUCUUCUUCUUCUUCUUCCUCCUCCUCCUCCUCUUCCUCCACUGCUUCUGUCCAGCCCAGUCUGACCCUCCCAAUAGGAUCUCCUGGCUCCCAGUCUUCGCCUCUUCUGUCCCGACCAAUACCAUUCUCCUCCCUGCCACCUUCAAUGUUAACAGCUUCACACUUUCACCAGGCAGCUCUACAUUCCCACCAUGCAUUGCUGCAGUCCCAGCCUCUUUCCUUGGUAACCAAAUCAAAUGACUAAAUAUCUGAAAAAUGAAUAUUUUUCUCUUUUUUAAAUGCUGUAUAUUGCUUUUUACCUUUAAUAGAUAUUGAAAUAAUACAAAAAACCCAAAAAGUAAAAAAAUAUAUA